CAUUUUGCUCUUCGACUAUAUCGAGAGACUCUACGUAUGGUCAACAAUCUCUCUCCCCCCCCCUUCGGGGCAAGAUCCGACAAAAGUAACGUGCGCAGGGCUAGUUUUCACAUGUGUUUCACAUCUCGAGCAGUCCAGCUCAUUGAGAAAUGUCAGUUUUAGUUUUUUUCGUAAUUGCGAAGAGAAUAUCCGAAUGUAGGUAGUACUAUACUAUGUAUGCUCUAAAUAAGUUUGCAGAUGACCUAUAACUACUAAUCUCUGGUAUACGCGCAACCUCCGCUAUCCUCUUCCAAAUCGUCACAGACGUUACACACUUAAACAUUUGGACACAGGCAAGGAAGUAUAUGUAUGUAUAGGGAUACAGGAGAGAAUCCUCAACGAUAAGAUGAAGUACUGUUACUUUAUCUUUUACUGCCUCUGUCGAGAAGUACUUAUGACAAAAAAUGACAUUGAUGAGAUUAUUCCUUCGAAGACUCUUGUUUGGGGGCCUGGUCUACAUCCACAAGCAAUUGUGAUGCGUGCUCGUUACAUAUUUCUACAAUUGCGGGAUAAAAACGAACAAAACAUCGCUGUGUCUGCUGAAGAAGGAAUUAUAUCAGUGUUGAUGGUAGGACAAACACUUGUUGGAAGUCCAUGUCGCAUCUGGAAACAAAUUUUGAAUCGGAAGGACGGAAGUUUCAUUAUUCGUUACAGACUCUAUGAAACAUGUGUCAAUCUUGAAAUUGUUAUCAAAGUGAAAAAUGAACAUUUGCCAAUGUCACCAUUAUUUUUUAAGGGUCCAGUAUAUGAGGAAGAAUGUUAUUGUCCAUAUGAAAAUCUAUCCGACUGGUUAGAGAGUUACAAAUGUCCACAAAAUUAUAGUCAAAUACAGUCGGAUCUUGAGCCAUUCACAAACAUAGAUUUCAACAUUAUUCGGAAUGAUAUUAUCAAAGAAUUUAACCACCCAAACAGUGUCAGUAUUUGUCACUAUAUCAUCCGAUCAAAUAAGGUCUACAGAUACUGCUAUGGACAGCACGUGGGAUUCAAGAUAUUCAUGGAUGCCAUUUUACUGUCUCUGGCACGAAAAGUCAGACUACCGGACAUAGAAUUGUUCGUCAACUUGGGAGAUUGGCCUCUAGUUUCAAACACCGCGACAGUAUAUCCCAUAUUCUCUUGGUGUGGCUCCGAUGAUACUAAAGACAUUGUGAUGCCCACUUAUGAUAUCACAGAAUCAUCGCUCGAAAAUAUGGGAAGGGUCAUGUUAGACACGCUAUCUGUUCAAGGAAAUACCAAGUUAUCAUGGAGUAGUAAAAUAGAAAAGCUCUUUUGGCGAGGACGUGACUCCUGCAGAGAACGCUUAGAUUUGAUAGACAUCUCGCGAAAAUAUCCCGAUUUGAUCAAUGCAUCCAUAACAAAUUUUUUUUUCUUCAAAAGUGAAAUGGAUAAGUAUGGACCGAAACAGAAUCACACGUCUUUAUUUAACUUCUUUGAUUAUAAAUAUCAGUUGAAUAUUGACGGCACCGUAGCAUCUUAUAGAUUCCCUUAUCUUCUGGCCGGAGAUUCAUUGGUAUUCAAGCAGGAGUCUAAAUACUACGAAUUCUUCUACAAGCAGCUCAAGCCUUAUGGUCAUUACAUUCCUAUUAAACGUGAUCUAACAGAUAUUGUAGAGAAGAUCAGAUGGGCCAAGAAACAUGAUGAUGUAGCGUACAAGAUAUCCCGGGCUGGCCAAUUCUUUGCUAGAGAAAACUUGAUGCCUCAAAACAUAUUUUGUUACCACGCCAUUCUAAUCAAGGAAUGGAGUAGCAGGUUGAAAAAUAAGGUGGUUGUACUUGAUGGCAUGGAGGAGGUCCCGCAACCCCAAAAUUCCUGCAAAUGCCGACCUUCUGACAGCAAUGGUAAGAGAGUUAGAGAAGAACUCUAACAUGGGUGAGCAUCUUCCGAUCAGAAUUUUCACAAGUCCAUUGGCUGACAAGUUUUCCAAUUUGAUACCCACCUCUGAAAUCUAGGCAUACCUUGCUGCUGAACAAAGACUGAAAAUUGCUCGAAGCAAUACAAUUAUCGUGAGGUACUGAUGUACAUAGAUAUGGCUUACUUUUUUCUUUUAUGUUUUAUUAAGAAUUUAAUUGCUACAAAUUGAGAAUAGUAUAGUUUUUUUCACACUGUACUACAUGAAAUUGGAUAUUAAUCACACUAUACAUAGCGUACGUUAAACCAUGA